AUGCCAAAUGCCAAUACUAGCUCAGGCACAGUUAAUAACGAGAUCAAGUACAACCACAAAUUGUAUCACAAUUUUCAAUGGCUAAAGCAAAUAAGAGGAUUGCCAUCUUUAGACACAUAUGAACUCAUCAAUCAAGUCAAACAGACCUUCAUCACAAAAUACUUUCGUCAGUCUCAAUCAAAUAAUUCGUCUCUACACCUCAAAACUGACCUCCAAUCGACACCAAUACCAAUUCAAAUGAGCAAGACUGAAAAUAUCCAUGAAAAACAUUUAGAUACAAUGAUCACAUUCACUACAACCCUUAAAUCAAACUUAAAGGAAACAGCUGACAUUUUAAAUCAGGAAUUAAACAAAGACAUUGAAAAUUUAAAAUGGCUAGAAGAAAUUGUCUCUUGA